AUGUCAAAAGCAUUUGACACGAUUAAGCGAAGAAAAAUCCUAGAGAUCCUACAAACCACGGGUUGUUCAAGCGACCACACUCGUAUUGUCAGAUUUUUGAUUUCCAAUAGAAAACUGAAAGUAAAUAUCAACAAAUCUUCUUCAAACUGGUUUGACACAACGCUUGGCUCAUUUCAAGGCGACAGUCGAAGCGGCGCACUCUUCAUCACAACAUUGGCUGGAGCCCUCAAUGACGUCAGACAACAAGCUGCACGUCCUGACCCACCAAUAUCUCCAUCCUCUUUACCACUGGAGUCAGCUUACGCUGAUGACGUUGACUUCCUUGACGAAGACAGUGAAAGCCUCGCAAGACUAAUCCCCCUUACAUCCAGAGUCUUGAAAGAUUGGAACUUGUUUGUCAAUGAGGGAAAAACUGAAAACACCCAUAUAUACAUGGCCUCAAACACUGAAGUUAAUUCGGAAGGCAUCCUACUCAAAGACCAGGAACCCUGGAGGACAAGCAAACAACUCGGUUCUCUGAUGUGUUCUACAGCCGACAUUCGACACCGUAUUUGCCUGGCAAAUGCAGCCUUCAACACAUUUACCAAACUCUGGAUGCAACCCCGCAAAAUAUCCAUCACCUUACUAAUGCAUGUUUACAAUGCCAUGGUAUUGUCUGUCUUCGUGUACAACUCAAGUAGCUGGGCUGCACCUAAGAAUGUGCUCGGGAAGUUAGACACCUGCCACCGUCGCCACCUUGGACGAAUUCUUCGAUGUCACCGACCAUCCGUGAUAACGAUUAGCUUCCUAUAUAUUCGAUGUGGAGCUCGUCCCUUAUCCGAAUUAGUGAGGAAGGCAAGGUGGCGCAUGCUCGGGCAUGUGCUUCGACUGCAUCCCGACUCAACCGCUCAGAAUGCUCUCAUGUUCGCAGUAGUUGGAUCGGGACACCUGAGAGGCCGUCGUGGCCGUUUACAAAACUAA